GUUUUUUUGGACCUUCUCCAAUUUCCUCAUGGAAAGGGCCCUAUGGAUAUACCAUGCUUGGUCUUGGUGCUGUCCUGGCAUCUGGAUUGAAAAUUUUGAAGCAGUUCCUAUGUGGGCCAUGCAUGUGCGGCACCAACUGGCAUGCACUGUGCCAGCAGGCUCUGCACGUGUGUUGCUCGAGCCCUCUAAUUCCUUCUUGAAUGCCCUCAGCCUGAGAUGGAGCUCCGCAGUUCUCUGCUUUAUUCGACAUUUCGGAAGUAAUUUCACAGUUAUUAUUUAGAUCUUGUUGUUAUUGUUAGUCGGUUAGGUAAGUCUUAAAAACACCAACAAACAAAAAAAAGACAACCCUUUUUCACCAUGCCUGGGUCUCCAGGCUUUAAAUGCUGUGCCUCCUGUAGAGAGGCAAUCCCCAUUUCUGAUAGACAGUCACAGUGAGUCAGAUAUAUAGAGCAGUGGUUCCCAACCUGUGAUCCGCGGUCCCCUAGUGGUCCGCAGUGGUACUGCAAGCAGUCUGUGGAACGUUUAAAAGUAAGGAUUGUGGGCCUGAUGGUUAUUUUUUCUUCUCUUUUUCUUUCUUUUUUUUUUCUCCCCCAGGGAGGGGGGAGCAUGAAAUUUUAAUAGAUUGAAAAGGGGUCCAAAUGCUCAAAAAGGUUGGGAACUACUGGUCUAGAGGAACUUAAUUUAUCCCAGGAUAGUUCUCACUGAGCUAAACUCAAGACCAGGACACUUAGGGACAGAGACCUCUGCUUGAAGUUAAUUCUGGAAAAGAAUGCACAUCCUGCCUCAGACCCAGUAUUACAACCUAGGGAGGUACGAUUACCCUCAUGUUCCCUAGAGCAAAAAGGCGCCAAAGAGGAGAAGUUCCUCAGUGCCUCAUCGUGAGCCCUCCUCCAAGAAACCAUCUAUGCCCAGACCAUCAGCACAGAGGUCAUGCGUUAGUACUUAUGACGCUCCAGGUAUCUCAGGCAUGGCAGUACUGUCAACUAUUGCUGGCUCCGACUACAAAGGAUCCAAGCAGUGCCCUAAGGCUGCACUCUGGUAGCUGUUACAAUACCAAUGGCUACUUUGGUACCGCCAGAUACAUCAUUGGUACUGGCUACAAUACCGAAAACUACAGCAUCACAAUCGGCACCGCCCAUGUGCCUAACGGUACAGCACCGAUGACAUCUGCUUACUCUUUGGCACCACUGGCACUGACCAGAUUAGCGGCACUGAUUAUAUACUUGGUACUACUGACAUUUCAGCAGUUGCUACCAUCUACACCGACCACGCUGUUGGCACUGUAUAGACUGACACUGCAGACUCCGGCACUGAUCCUUGUGGCACUGUUGCCUUAUAUGUGAAAUGCUGAUCUUGUGGUGCCAUCGGUCCCAUAAUCGCUGCUUUUAGGCACCGAUGUGUUGCCUGCACUGACAACUUCUCACGUGCUGUCCCCAGUAUCAUUGCAGUUUUCUAGUGAUGAAGAUGUGAAUGCAUACAGGCCUUCUUCUCUGCAUGCCAUACCUCUCGAAUGCAAUAUUUAAGCUGUGCUAGGACCCUCGGGCUGUUCCCACGUGGUAUGGACACCACUGGAUGCCUUCUCCGGUGCUGCAUCCUGCACAAUGGCCUUAUUGGAGCACUUGGGGUUCCUAUAGGAGACAUCGUAUUUUGCAGCCUAUUCCAUAUAAGCAGGCUAGUUUUUAUACACCAUGUAUGACUUCAUCCAUGUAACAUCCCAGACCCUCAAGUGGCUCAGGCUAUGGAAGAAUCACUUCCUGACACAUCAGCCCCUACCAAUUCCUUGUCUUCACCUGAUGAGGCUGUGAUGCCACCUCCACCUUUGGCCACAGAUGACUUUGCACACUUUAACGAGCUCUUUAAGAGAGUUACAGCUGAGUUUAAAAUUAUACAGAUGAAGUCUUCGAAUCUCAGCACAAGAUUACUAACAUACACCGAGCCUUGCCGUCAUCCAAAAUUACCCUCGCCAUCAACUGUGCAAUUUUGGAUUCUGCCAACAUAAUUUGGCAAACUCUUUCAUCAAUUCCACCUACGUGCAGGAGAGUGGACAAGAAAUACUAUGUACCCACUAAUACCUCAGAGUUUUUCUUUACUCAUCCCACACCUAACUCCUUUGUGGUGGAAGCUAGAGAUGUAAGCAACUAAUCGACUAGUUGACUAUCGAAUAAGCAAAAGCAAGGAUCUUCGUGUUGGUGUAGUGGAUGGUAGCAACUGCUGAUAUGGGGUGUUCUCUAGACUAGGGAUCUUAGUCAUCUUAUUUAAUGUAGAAAUCAGGUACACUUGAGCCUCUCUAAUCUGGCAAAUUUGGGAAAUAAAUAAAUAAAUUAUGUCGGAUUAUGGAAUUUUCCAUACCAUGGGUGUUUGCCAUAAUGAAGAGUGCUUUGGGGUGGGGGAGGGAGAUAGGGAGUGGGAGGGUGUGUAAGGAGAAUAGGAGUUCACGGUCUGGCCAUCAGGAGGAUAGGAGUGGUGGGCUUACCGGUGCCUUGCUUCCACAUGUGGCUCCAUGCCUCCCGCUGCUCCCAGAUACUGCUGACCAACACUUUGCUGUGCUGAUGUUCCCCCAGUUGGGAGAAAGGAAGGGGGAAUGGUAGCACACAGAGUCACAUCCUCCUUCCCUGCCACGGUCCGAACUAUGGGUGUUCCUGGAUCAGGGCCACCUGGAUUAUGGAGGUUCAAGUGUAUGUGUUUUUCUGCAAAUGAUCCAGGCUUCAAUUUUUAUAUAACGUAAACCUGCCUUUCCUUUUCCUUUCUGCAGUGUAGUUAAAAAUGUGCUGUGAAAUUAAGAGGAGGUUUUUACUGCUUUACGCAACACAGAAGGGACAGGCAAAAGCUAUAGCUGAGGAAAUAUGUGAACAGGCAGAUGCACAUGGAUUUGAAGCUGAUAUUCACUGUAUAAAUGAGUCUGACAAGUAUAAUCUGGCAACAGAAAAGGAUCCUUUAGUGAUUGUUAUUUCUACUACUGGAACUGGAGACCCUCCAGACACUGCUUGCAAGUUUGUUAAGGAAAUUAAAAACAAGACCCUGUCAGCUGAUCAUUUUGCACAUUUACGUUAUGGAUUGUUAGGUCUUGGAGAUUCUGAAUACAUGUUCUUCUGCAAUGGUGGGAAGAUAGUAGACAACCGGCUCCAGGAACUUGGUGCACAGCAUUUCUAUGAGACUGGAUUGGCGGAUGAUUGUGUAGGUUUGGAAAUAGUGGUGGAGCCAUGGAUUGAUGGGCUUUGGUUUGCCCUCAGAAGAGAAUUUACUUCUCGGAACGCAAAAGAAGACAUGAGCAACAAUCUUAGGGCUGUCUCUAAUGGUGUCUCUGCAAUGACUGUAGACCCAAGCAUGUCAGGAGCAUGCAGUUUAGACUCAGAACUACAGCAGUUGAAGCUAGAAGACUUACAAAUUCAAACUCCAGUUGCUUUAUCCCAAAGAACAGCUAAUCUUCGUUCUGUGGUGUCUGUUCAAGACACUGAACCUUCACUUGAUUGUUCAGUCCCUCCUCUUUCACAGUCUGCUCUUAAUAUUCCUGCUCUGCCACCACAAUAUAUAGAAGUACAAUUUCAGGAAAGCACUGGUCAGGAACCUAGUGUGUCCUCAUUGAUUUCAGAUGGUACCGUCUUCCAUGUUCCAGUAACCAAAGCAUUUCAGCUCACUAAGGAAGAUGCAGUAAAAACUGCUUUGCUGUUAGAACUUGAUAUUUCAAAAACAGCAUUUUCCUACCAACCUGGAGAUGCCUUCUGUGUCAUAUGCCCCAACAAUGCCAGGGAAGUACAAGAACUUCUGGAUACCUUGGGACUUUCAGAAAGGAAAAAGUGUGUCGUUUGCUUAAAGAUUAAAGAAGCUGUUAAAAUAAAAGGAGCUGCUCAGCCAGAGCAUAUACCUAAAGGAAGUACUGUGGAAUUUAUUCUUACAUGGUGUCUGGAAAUAACAGCAGUUCCCAAAAAGGCAUUUUUGCGAGCUCUCAUAGAAUGCACCAGUGAUGCCAGAGAAAAGCGAAGACUUCAGGAGCUUUGCAGCAAACAAGGAGCCUCUGAUUACAAUAGUUUCAUCAGAGAUCCUAAUAUCUGCUUGUUGGAUUUACUCCAUGCUUUUCCAACAUGCAAACCCCCACUUAACCUGCUGAUUGAACAUCUGCCUAAACUACAAGCCAGAUCCUAUACAGCUGCAAGCUCCCAUUUGUUUCAACCAGGAAAACUGCAGUUUGUUUUUAAUGUUGUGGAGUUUCCAUCCUCCCCAUCUCGACUGGUUUCACGAAAAGGCGUUUGCACAGGUUGGCUCACUGAGUUAGUUGCACAAAUUCUUCAACCACAUAAAAACUCUCUUCACUCAAGGGAUGAAGAAUCAUCAGCUGUAAAGGUUUCUAUUUUUGCUCGCUCAAUCAACACUUUCCACUUACCUUCAGAUCCAUCUGUCCCUUUUAUGAUGGUGGGUCCAGGAACAGGAAUUUCACCUUUUAUUGGUUUCCUACAACAUAGACAGAAACUCCAAGAAGAGCAUAUGGACUGGAAGUUUGGAGAGACAUGGCUGUUUUUUGGUUGCCGACAUAAGGACAGAGACUACUUAUUCCGAGAUGAGCUCAGAAGUUUUGUUGAAAAUGGCACAUUAACUCAUCUUAAGGUGUGUUUCUCAAGAGACCCUCCAGCUGCAGCAGACAAAACCCCAACUAAAUAUGUGCAAGACAACAUUCGACUUUGUGCUAAAGAGGUUGCCAGAGUCCUUCUCAGAGAGAGAGGUUGUUUCUAUGUAUGUGGAGAUGCAAAACACAUGGCUAAAAAUGUGAAUGAUACUUUAGUGGACAUUUUAAGCACUGAUGCUGGAGUUGACAAAUUGGAAGCAAUGAAAAUCCUUGCUACAUUACGACAAGAAAAACGCUAUCUACAGGAUAUCUGGGCCUAAAUCUCUGGCCUUUGUGCCUUUGCAAAACAACAACUGUUAGCCAUUUUUCACCUAAUAUACUGUAUGAGGGCUCUGCUUAAUCUUUGGAUUACUGUCACUUCAAUUUAAGUAAAUUUGCUCAUAAAAGCAGCCAAUUGCUCGUUUAAAAAUACCAUUCUCCAAUCAUUUAAUCCUAGAUAAUUCCUACUGAUCUUUUGAAUAACAUUUAAAGCCUUUACAAUACCACCACAAACAAAAAAUGGAAUCUCUGAGUCAUCACUUUGUAGCAGUAUUACCAAGGAGAUUCUCACAGAACUCUAGUCCUCCACUUUAAUACUUUUAUCCUUGAAAAUAACAUUUACCUGCAUUUGUGCAGUAUACAGUAUUACAGGUAUUAUCAUAUACACAUGGGGUACAGGCAGUCCCCGACUGGGGGGGGGGACUCCCCCAGCACAGCAGGGAGACAGGAGC